AUGGAACAUCGCGCGAUGCAGAUGGCCGACGAAUUUGGAAAGCUUCUACAAAAGACAUUGGGGAGGGCGCUGGAGAUCAAAACGACAAGCAGUAUCGAGCCACCACUGAACAGAGUAGAUCUGACGGGGCUGUUCGCACAAUUCGAUGCAGUCUUCCCGUCCACAGCCUCCGCAGAUUCCAAGAAGCACGCAGUCGAGACAGCUGUUCGAGAAGCAUUCAACAACAUACUGGCCUCCACAACCAUCGACUCUCCUUCAUUCGUAAAUGUAUGGAAUUUGUUCGACAUUCUAUCCAUCCUCUCCGAUGACGACAAAACGGAGCCAGCGGUCAUGUUAUGGCUAGUUGAGGAGCUUCUCGAGAGUCAAACUAUUGCCGGAUGCCGGAAGAUAUUCGACUACCUUGAAUCACGGCGAGAGCGGAUCAUAGCUAAGAACUUUGCUUCCAAGAAUUUGGUCAUUUUGAGAAGCUGCAAUGAGCUACUCAAACGGCUUUCUCGAGCCGAAGACACGGCAUUUUGCGGGCGGGUAUUUAUUUUCAUGUUCCAAAGCUUUCCCUUGGGAGACAAGAGCUCUGUGAACCUACGAGGAGAGUUUCAUAUUGAGAAUGUGACAACUUUCGAUAUCAUUACACCAAAGGAAGCGGGCAAGGAACAGAUGGACAUCGACACGAAAAUGCAAGAUGCUUCGAAAGAGUUGGAUGGAGUUGCGAAAAAGCCAGGCGAAGACUCAAGUAGCCUGGGCAAAGGCGUUACCUUUUCAAAGACGGAGAAAUCUAUGACUGCGGAUGAGCUAUACCCAAUCUUCUGGGCCUUGCAGCAGAGUUUCAGCCAACCAAAGAAGCUAUUUGACAACACGCACUUCUCAGGAUUCAAGUCAGGGUUAGAAGCGACCUUGAACAUGUUCAAAUCAGUGGAAAGUACCGGUCGUCCCACCAAGACUACCGAAGAUGGGAAACGAGGAACCAAGCGAAAGCGAGGAAAUGGGGAUGACGAUCUUGCAAAUGCCUUUAACCCAAAGUACCUCACGAGCAGGGACUUAUUUGAAUUAGAGAUCAGUGAUCUUUCCUUCCGCAGGAAUAUUCUCGUACAAGUCCUCAUUAUUUUGGACUUUUUGCUGUCCUUGAGUACCAAGGCAAAAGAAAAGCUAGCGAGUUCCGCACUGCCGGAAAAUCCCAACAGAUCCGUCAUGUACGCUGACCAAGUUCUAAAUGAAGAGGACACGAAAUGGGCACUAGAGAUGAAGAGAUCGAUCGCAGAAUACCUCAAGCAGGGAAAUGAAGGUCCUUAUUUCUACCGAAUGGUCGAGACUGUUCUCUCACGCGACAAGAAUUGGGCCCGGUGGAAAAUCGUCAACUGUCCUUCAAUCGCAUACCCUCCAAUCGCCGCAGAUGAAUAUGCCAGUUCCAAGUUAUCGGCCCGCAAAGCAACAACAAAUAAAAAGCUACGGCCUAACCCACUUGGAUCCCUGGACCUCAAGUUUCUUUCAGAGACUGCUAGCCGUGGCGGAUUGGCCAGGCUGAAGGACCCGGCAAGAUAUCAACUCCCAGUAGUCAAGAGCUUUAAAAGCAAAAUUGAACUUGACGAAAUGGACAUUGAAAUGGCUAUGGAUGACGAAGCGAAGAAUGCGGCAACCGAGUCAAAAGCAAGCAAAACUUGGAGAGCCCAACGUAUUGCUAGUACGACGAAACUUGGUGUGUUCGAUAAGAUUGAGCGUUCUGAUAAGAUCGACGUCCUCUUCCAAGAUAAUGUAAAGCCUGAAGAGCCUCUUAACAAUGGUGAUGACGAAGCAGGAGACAGCCAAGACUCAGCAAAGUCAAUUAAGGAUCGCCGUCCAAUUGUCAUCAGUGUAGUUGGGACAAGUCUACUGGUAAACAAGCUUGUUGCGACACAUGAGAAAUUUUUAGGAAAGAAAAUAUCACAUACCACUCGGCCACCUCGAGGAAACGAAAAGACUGGCAUUGAUUACAAUUUUGUGGACAGGGAAAACUUUGAUGUCAUGCGGGAUGGUGAUCAAUUGUUGGAGUAUAGCAUGCGUGGCAGCAACAGCUAUGGAACCAGCAGGAAGGCUGUGGAGGGUAUUAUAGCUCAAGACAAAAUCCCCGUGAUGGAGAUGGACAUGCAUGGAGUACAACAGCUGAAAGAUCAAGGAUACAAUGCACGGUACAUCUUUAUCAGCCCUUCGACCCAAGAAGAGCUCGGGGCCAGGCUGAGGCAGCAGGGAACCGAACUCGAGGAAAAGGUACAGAAGAGCCUCACGACUGCGAAGGAGGAGAUAGAGCAGUCUAAGAUUGAAGGCUUUUACGACAAAGUCGUGGUCGACGACUUAUCUGAAACGGCAUACGAGGUCUUGGAGCGCUUUAUUCUUGGAGAGGAUGAGGGGGUCGUUGAGAAUACACAACUUGCUCCCGGUGUUGUUGAGCCCCAGCCAGAGAGUAUGAGCAUGGAAAUUGAAAUGGCAAACAGUGAAGCUCUCAGUGCGAAAGAGCCACCGAGACUAGACGACAGUCUGCACCCUCCAGAGACUACAGAUAUCGCCAGUCCAGCCGUGGAGCCAACAAAUAUAAAUGCUCGUCCAGUGAACGGCGAAGCAUAG